CCAGUGUGGAAAGUUUGUAUUGCGCGGCGGAUAUCUCCGGCGUGCAAUUUUGAUCUUUCUAUAUAUUUACUAUUAAAUUUUCUAAAUCUCAGGCGUGCAAUUUCCAAACUUUCCAGUCUGGUCAACAUACUUACUGUUGGUCCUGAUCCUUGAGUUUCUGUGAUUGCUUCAAAAAUUCUGCAUUCAUAUUUUCCAUUUUCUCUUUCAACACUUUCUCCCUUUCAACACUUCCUUUAUAAAACUCCAUCUGUUUUUCAGCCUCAGCUAAUUUUUCUUGUAAAGCCUUCACUUCAUUGUGGAUUAAAUAACUCACUCCACAAAAUUUACAUACGGUUUCAUCUCGUUUCAUUUGUUGUAUUUCGUCAGGCAAAGGAUGUUGUGGUACAGCAAAACUUGUAGACUCGGAGUUUGUCAUGCUUUCAGUAUCUUCUCAACACAUAAUGUCAAUACAGCAGUCUCGCUCCUUAGCCAAAUAAAUUCCAUCUAAAAUCAAGAGAUUUAGUGCAAUACAUUCAUUCAUUAUCAUGUUUUAAUCCACCAAGGUUGUGUUGAUACCCUAAUAAGCGUAAUCAUUCCAUUUCAAUAAAAAACGUCCAAAAAAAUAACGUUUCUUUUUUUAGUUCGACAUUAUUUUUGUGAAAUCUCCAGCGUUCUGUUUCUAGGAUACCGAAGAUAAACGACCACAAGCCGUAGCUUUCCGAUGUCAUUUUCUAUUGACCGGGGGGAGGGGACGACCGAAAAUAUUCGACUUCGAAAUAUUCUACAAAAUAACAAAAAGACCUUAGACCUAUACUUCUUUUGGAAAAAAAUCUUGUUAAAUGUGAGUUAUUUCCGAUGGAAAACCCACAAAUUCAUGCUCAAAGAAGUAAAGACACAGAAUUUCCCAUUGGCAUGGAAGCAAGCGAUAGUUCCAGUAUGAUAAAUCCACAAAGAAGUCGCUUUCCUUACUGUAUAGUGUGGACUCCGAUACCAGUUUUGACGUGAGUAGAAAUUUAUUUCAUAUCAUUAUUUCAUAUUUAUAUUAAAACCUUCCUUACUGACUUAGGUCAUUUGGUAAGUGUACUUGGCCUUCCAAUAUCCAAGGAUAUAGUAGCAUUUGCCACCCAUAGAGUGUUUGCCUUAGAAAAGAACAAACCCUGGUCAAAUAAGACAGUGUUGGCAAUCUUGUGCUCCUGUCAAACAAAAACCAGCAGGGCCGUAGGCAGGAUUUUUUCACCAGGGAGGCGGUAAGGCCUAUAUGCUGAAAAAAAGUCCCAAAUAAUAAUAAUGUCAUUCUAAAAAUCGUAAUUCGUAAAUAUAGUUUUCUCUAGGGGGCUCUUGCCCCCUGCCCUCUCCCCGCUGACUAGAGCCCUGAAAACCAGAGUUACAUAAAAGUUGACCUUGAUUUUACCACCUAUAGCAAAAACUCAUUUGAACUAUCCUAGAGUCAGUGAGAGUUGUUAAGCCCUGGGCAAACUAGGAAACGUUGUAGAAACAUUUGUGAUUCUCGAUGUUUCCUCAAAUGUUUCCCAGUUUGCCCACCUGUGGAAACAUUGUUGCGGAAACAAAAUUUGCUUCCUGAGAAGCAAAAAUGUUUCCUAGCGAAUUCAGAAACAUUUGAUGUUUCCCUAUGUUUCUCACUAAUGUUUCCUAGUGUUUGCCCACUCUUGGAAACAUGGCAAAACAUUGGUAGGAAACAAUGUUUCCGCAACAGUGUUUCCUAGUUUGCCCAGGGUUUUAGCCUCACUUGUAUUUGACAACUUUCACCUUUGUAUGACCAGACGUUAUUAAAGUUCUCUAAAUAGCGAAAAUCAUAAAAAAGUUUAUAUCUAAAUUUAAAAGAAUAAGAUUAGCAUUUUUAUUACAGAUGGUUAUUUCCAUUUAUUGGCCAUAUGGGGAUUGCUAUGUCCUCUGGAGUAAUUCGAGAUUUUGCAGGGCCUUACUAUGUUUCAGUAAGUUUGUAACAUUGGUCUGAUUUCUGUGAAGUUGAAAUUGAUAUUACACAAAAAAUAGAAAACAUUUCUAAUUUCAGGAAGACUGCAUGGCUUUUGGAAAACCCACAAAGUAAGAAAAGUAGAUAUAUUAUUUAUGGAUUUAUUGAGCCACUGGAAAUGAAAACAAGAUGGAAAGUAGAGCACAGUUAAAGUUUAAUUUUUUUGCCGCAGAUAUUGGGAACUUAAUCCAAUGUUAGUAAAGAAUUCCAAUACAUCCUGGGAUUGUGCUAUUUCUGAAGCAUCGGAAGUGUAUAAACAUAGAAUGGUAAUAUGAUUUUAACCACCUAAGGGUUCAUCCAAAAAAUAAGCAUAAAACUGUAUGCUGGAGCUGAGGGGAUUAAUUAUGACUGAUGUAUGCUUUUUAAAAUGUUGAUUAUCCACUUAUACUGUAAUCAUUCUCCCUGAGAUUUAUAAUUAUGGAUGACCCAUAACCCUCCUAAAAGCUUUCAAUCUGGACUGUAAGCAUACAUUCAUUAUCAGAAUACUGUAGUCCGAUCUUGUUAAUUGACAACUCACAACACCUUGACAAGAAGAUCAUCUGGCAUUAGGCAAAAUAUGAUUGACAAUUUUUAUGGGCAAAAAGUGUUGUUUUGCAAUGUUCAGCUUCUUUGUAUAUUGAUAUAGCACAAUCUCUGUUGUGAUAAUUGUCAUUCCCAUGUUGCUAUGGCUCUGAAUGUCAUGAAUUAUAGUGGCUCUUCUUCAUGGAAUAUGGUUAACUUGUGUUUCUGGCUCCUUGUUUAUGGGAAAUAUGUCAGGUAAUACCAUGAUCACCUUGAUUUUCAUUGUUCUGAAAGGGAAUGUAAAUCCUGUAUUUCCCUCAUUACCCAUGCAUAUGCUUUUGUCUUCUAAAUUUAGUUGAAAACAAAUGAUUUCUUUGUCUUCUAAUUCGCCCCUGCAUGCUUGAAGAGGGAAAAUUAGAAGACAAAUUAGAAAUCUUUUGUCUUUUACUAAAUUUCCCAGGGUUCAUUGGAGAGCUGUACCGGCACAACUAUGGACUGUGUCUGACGACAUUGUCCCGUACAAAUACGAACGAUCACUUUGCCAGUUUUUAUUCCGCAAUCUUGAACAUUUCAAUUGUGGGGUAAAAUUCGGUUUAUGAGCAUGCCUAAAAAGAAUGAACAUGGAGAUACGUUUCUGCACAUACAUAUACAUACAGUAAUAUAUGAAAAGUGUUCAUCCCACAAUCAUAAGACAAUCAAACUGCAUUCAAAUCAGACCAACACACCACGUGUGAUACCCUCGGUGAUCAUAAUAUUACAGACUUUCACAAAUCUUCCCUCGGCAUCGGACAAUUUAAUAGCUAAUUUCCCUCUAGUCAAGUUAAUAGUUAUAAUUGUUUUCAUAUUGCUAAUUUAUGUGCUUAUUGUACAGUAGUAAGUUAUUGAGACAUGUGCCCUAUUAUUUUACUCUAACACCAGACAAUUUUUCUCAUCGAAGGUUAAUUAUAUUAUAGAUAUUUCAAUAAUUUCAUCAAUAGAAAUAACUAAAGCGUAUUUUUAUUUUAGUUUUGGAUCAUUCGUAAAGACAUGGUUGCCAUUCUUAAUACUUGCAGUAAUAGUUGUUCUCCUUGUCACCCUUGCUGGUUCACAUUAAAUCCAUGAUUGAAAUGAAUAAUACCAUUUUUACAUGCAGAACCAAAAUAUUUGUCUGUGGCCAAAUAUCUUUUGGUUAGAAAAUAGUUGAUGUUUUACUAUAGCUGGCCAUGCUGACAAAGUUGUUAAAUGGGCAUUUAAAUGAGCCAUGUAGAUAUUUAGAACACUGAAGGCAAUCCUCCUGGAAAUGAUUUUGAAACAUUGUCAGUCAGUCUGAGUAUACUGUAAGAGAGAUAUUCUACCAAGUCUGUAUCAACAUAAAUCAUGUAUAUACUGUAUUCAUUUGGAGGUUUUUCAAUAGACAAUGUGUUGUAGGAUUAACAUUGUUGGUGAUUGGUUGUUGUCAUUCAGUAAGUUUACCACAUGUUUAGCAUGUUUAUAUGAUGCAAAAUUAUAGACAGUUGUAGAUAAAUACAUAGAGUCAAGUUGGAUACUACAUAUAUUUUAAGUUGGGGUGGGCUGAACUUUGGUAGUUUGAAUGACUUGGUGGAGUAAUAGCCAGCAAAAGAAGCAUAAUUGUACUUAAGAAUUGAACUGCCUGCACAUUAAAAAGAGCUCACAGUUUUUUUUAAAAUGAUUAUUUCAAAUACCAUCUUUUCUAUAAUUACCUCUAGUUUUACUGUAUCUGAUCCUGUGCAAAAUAUUCCCUCCCUCCCCCCGAUCCCCUCCCCCGAUCCCUUCCCCCUGACUCCUAUGCCAAUGUUUAUUAACACAACUAAAAAAAUGAGAAAUCUUUGCAAUUAUGUCAAUAAAAUGUUGGUUGGAUUAUUUUAAACUGGUUGGUUGGAGUCCUGAAACCAACAAUUUUUGUUUAUUAUGAACAUCCACAGUGAAAUUUAGAAUUUUUAACUUUAACCAGUCUCAAGGAGAGUCCACAGCAUUUAACAUGAUACCAUUCAUCGCAGUCAUCACACUGAACCCAUGAGAUAAUCUUGCCCUCUGGUUUUAUACACUUUGAAGCAGAACAAGUGUCAUCGGUUGGUUGAGACUCUUGUUUUGAUCUUCGUCUUUUCUUCUCUGAAAUGAGA